AUGGUCUCCUUCUACGACCUCAAGGCCCAGCGCCCCAAGGGCACCGAGCUCGAGUUCGGCGAGCUCAAGGGCAAGGUCGUGCUCAUUGUCAACACCGCCAGCAAGUGCGGCUUCACUCCGCAGUUCGAGGAGCUGGAGGAGCUGCACAAGAAGUACGCCGACAAGGGCCUCAAGGUCAUUGGCUUCCCGUGCAACCAGUUUGCUGGCCAGGACCCGGGAGAUGAUGAUGCCAUCGGCUCGUUCUGCCAGAAGAACUACGGCGUCAGCUUUGACAUCAUGGCCAAGUCGGACGUGAACGGCGCCAACACCAACGAGGUGUUCAAGUACCUGAAGAAGGAGAAGGGCGGCCUGCUCGGCACCUCGUCGAUCAAGUGGAACUUCAGCAAGUUCCUGAUCGAUGCCAACGGCAAGGUCGUCGAGCGCUACUCGCCCACGACGAAGCCGGCGUCGAUUGCGCCGCGCAUCGAGGAGCUGCUCGCCGCGGCCAGCCCGGCAGAGGGCGAGCAGAAGUCGGCGCUGUAAAGUGCGCCGGGUUCUUCCUCCUCUCCGCUCGACAUCUUCGCUUCUCUCCGCCACGUAUAGCGGCAGCAUACCUCUCCCCUCGCUGCGACUUGGCGCGCCUCCUUACUGCUACUCCAAAUCUAGCUUUAAUCGUGCCUCAUCGGCCUGACAAGAGUGGAUACGCGUGUGGGCUGGAGCAGCGUGCAUGACGCCGUCUUCGAGGCGGCAGCUUCGAACCGCGACAAGCGCUGUGAUUGGUCUGAGUGAAGCGCAUCGAUUGCUAGCAGCGUCCCGUCGUGGCAAUUGGAAAAGUAGUGCAACCAGCUC